UUCUCUGUGAUCCCCCAUUCAUUUCCUGAGAACUGCACUGAGCAGCUGAGAGACCGAAAGGGAGGGAGUCACACAGAGAGGGAGAGGACUCUAUAAGGGAAGGAAAACAGUUUCUCCAGCUCUGCAGCUAUUGACAAGCACAGUCACCGCUGAUAACAUAAUGUUAAUGCUUGACGGGAUGCCAGCAGUAAGAGUCAAAACAGAGCUGUUGGAAUCAGAACAACGGUCUCCAAAAGUCCACAACUAUCCCACUAUGGAAGCCGUGCCUCUUUUACUUAGUAAAGUGAAACCAGAGCCUCCAGAGGAUUUGCUAUCAACUGACCAGUUCCAAACCCAGACUGAGCCAGUGGACUUGUCUGUACACAGAGCCAGGACCUCCCCCUUAGCUGUUUCAUCAUCACAGUCGUCACCAGUUUCCAUGGUGACAUCAGCAUUCUCCCCUUCCUCCUCCUCCUCCUCCUCCUCCUCCUCUUCCUCAUCAGGGCACACCUCCUCACCAACAGUCAUUGCCUCAUUAUCAUCAGCAUCGUCAACAGGCAUGUUAUCGCCAGGCCCACUUGUGGCGUCCACCUCUGGGGUGCGGGGUCAGCAGUUUUUGCACAUCAUCCACCCAGUGCCACCUUCCAGCCCCAUGAACCUCCAAACUAACAAACUGACGAGUCACGUGCAUCGUAUUCCUGUGGUGGUCCAGUCAAUGCCUCUGGUAUACACAGCAGUGAGAUCGCCAGGGAGUCUCAACUCAACUAUUAUGUUACCGUUGCUGGAGGAAGGCAGACACCAGGUCAAAGCACAAAUAGACACAAGCGACUUGUCUCCAAGACAAAUCAAAAGCGACAGUGAUGAUGAUGACCUGCCAAAUGUGACCUUGGACAGUGUUAAUGAAACUGGAUCCACUGCUCUCUCUAUAGCAAGAGCAGUGCAGGAUUCCAUCUCACCAUUCAGUAUUGAAAGCACAAGGCGCCCACGGAGGUCAGAGUCCCCUGACUCGAAGAAGCGGCGCAUACACAGGUGCGAUUUUGAAGGCUGCAAUAAAGUGUACACAAAGAGCUCCCACUUGAAAGCACAUCGGCGGACCCAUACAGGUGAAAAGCCAUACAAAUGCACCUGGGAGGGAUGCACAUGGAAAUUUGCUCGCUCGGAUGAGCUGACGAGGCAUUACCGCAAGCACACCGGAGUGAAACCCUUUAAAUGUGCAGACUGUGACAGGAGCUUUUCUCGCUCAGACCACCUGGCCCUUCACCGCCGCAGACACAUGCUGGUUUGAAAAAGAUCCCUCCACACAAACACUGUAAGAGCAGGGUCUCUUAUAACCCGAGUUCAGCUGGGCUGAGCCCAACCCCACUGGUCCCACCCCGGAGCGUUCAAAUAGACAUUCUCAAACGUCCGGAAACAGAAAAAGAAGGAGAUUCUGUGAUUUCUAAAUUAUAGGCAUCUGGUCCGAUGCCUUUUAGCUAUGUUGCUUUUAAGUUUGGAUCUUAGGAAACUUAUUUUUGGGCAUCAUUUUUAAUGUCCUCUCCUUUUGUUUAUACUUCAGAAUCAAAUGUCUUGUUUUGACAAACAAGUAUUAAUACAUCAUCAUCAUAAAAAAGUGUUUUGAUUUUCAAAAAGGCGGCCUUUUCUGCAACAAUAAUGUGAAAGAACCAAGACCUCUGCAGAAGAGCAGGCCGUGACUCCAAGACGUCAUCAGUGCCCUGUUUCUCCAAUCAAUGAAGCCAGCGGAGCGGCUCACUCACAGUGUUUCCAAUGUGUUCAAAACUCUUAGGCUUGUCAGCCGUAGGAAAUCACAGAGAUUAGUUUGUUUCUGGAGUCCUGCAAUAAUGAGUGACCUUCAGAUAUCAACAAACAAUUGGUAGGCCCCAAGUUCUUGUGGAGUUGAGGAUUGGUGCUGCCACAGCAGAAUAAAAGUGAGGAAUCAACGUACCACUUACUAUUUCUUUUAAGAGGAAUUUUUCUGUUGGAGAUCUGCACUUAAUAUCCAAUAUAACUGAUAUAGGUAAAGGUUGGAACCAGCAGAGCCCUCCAGCCCAAGGUACCAGACAUUGCCCCACUCCUUCGCUUCUAGGGAUUCUUUCCAUAGUGGUAUAGCUCUUCUUUUUUACAUAACACAUGUUAAAAAUGGUCGUUCUCAAAAGCACAUGGACAACCCUAAUAAUCUCUAUCUGGGCUAACGGAGACUGUGGGAGAUCCAGUAAAACCGCUUCAUUCUGUCUAUGUGAAUAUUUUUGUGUUCCUGACAUAUGAAAAGAAAUGCAUCAGAUGCAUUGUACGCUGUGAUAAGCAAUCAGUAAGGUGCACUUUUAGUUUAUUGAGUUUUUUUUUUUUUUUUGAAAAUCAUCAAAAAUGCACUCUCUCAUACCUUUUUCAAUUUCUUAAAUCUGCCUGCGGAUAUACAGUAGUACAAAUCAAAAGCCACACCCCAUUUUAAAAAUAGCAAUAAACAUAUUCUACUUUUUAAAUAUUUACACAUGUAUUUACCAUUGAAUAGCACUAUGUUAAGCACCUAGCAAGUACUUUUUUUUUUUUUUGAUCCUAAUCCUACUUAUGUGAAUCCCAGAGAUGCGUAUUGCUAUUGAUUUUUGUUAUCAAAGGGAUCAUCUGUUUGAAGAUAUCAACACAAUAGGAGAGCAAUACUUUUUUAAAGUUGCAGAGAGUUUCUCUAAAUAUCUUACGCCCUUUCUUGAUCCUUCAAAGAACCCGGAGCCAUUAAAACAAGUCCUGCUAGACAAUAGUUUUAUAUAUAUUUAACAGAGAAUGUUUAUAGCUGUGCUGGCCAUCAGAUGACGGAGACAUGGAGGAUGAUGGAGACAUGGCGGAUGAUGUAGAAUGAUGUCACCUUCUGGUAGUACAGUACCUUAUUUACCAGCACAAUGUUUAAAUUGUAUACCUAUGUUGCCACCUGUAUGAUAGUUAUAUUUGCAAUUGGUUGGCAGUCUCAAAGUUAAAGCCAAGCAUGCUCGGACAAAUAUUGUUGUGUGUGGGUAUUGUUACUUUUUUUAAGUUUGGUUAUGUUGAAACAAAUCCAGAUUAUUUUGGCAAAUUGUAUUCUGAUGGAAGAGUUCAGUAUUAAACAUUGCAUUUACAAAAGUAUGUGUUGGAAGAUUAGAUUAACAACCCAAAGUGGAUAGUCUGAUCCAAUUACCUGUGCAUUAAAGGAUUACAGAACACCCUGCAAAGUUUACAAGAAACGCAUUAUGUUACAUUUGCUGUGUCCCGUGUUACCUGUAUCACAGCCUUACAUCUUUAAACAUAUUGCUGACUCUUUUGACAUUUUUAAUCACACAUCAUGAUUCAUAUAUCAACUGGGUAAUACAUUUCUCAACAUUUACUCAGGAAUAUUCACCAGGAGAAACAAAAAUAUCUUCUAAAGAUGGCAGUAUAUCCACAUCAUAUUCCCUCCUGCAACAAUGCUGGUCUUUUGUUCCCAAAAUUCAACACUCACAAGUUCCCUCAACUCAGUGCAGGAGAGAACAUGAACUGAAAGAAAACACAGUUUGGAAGAAGACAUUGCAAUUAUCAUACUGUUUGUUGCAUCACACAAUUUCUCCACCACCACUUUCUCAUAAUGAUGCCAGCAUGGAGACUGAAGCAGAGCAUCAGUUGCUCAUCAGAGGCUGUUUCUGAUGUAGCACUGUGCAGCAUUCAGACUGAGUAAGAUAGCUCAAAGGGUGUGAUCUCCAUGCCCCUCCUCACUCACAAUGAUCUCCUUGCCCCUCCUCACUCACAAUGAUCUCCAUGCCCCUCCUCAAUCUGUGAUCUCCAUGCCCCUCCUCACUCAUAGUGAUCUCCAUGCCCCUCCUCACUCAAUGAUCUCCAUGCCCCUCCUCACUCAUAGUGAUCUCCAUGCCCCUCCUCACUCUGUGAUCUCCAUGCCCCUCCUCACUCUGUGAUCUCCAUGCCCCUCGUCACUCUGUGAUCUCCAUGCACCUCCUCACUCACAGUGAUCUCCAUGCCCCUCCUCACUCACAGUGAUCUCCUUGCCCCUCCUCACUCAGUGAUCUCCAUGCUCCUCACUCACAGUGAUCUCAAUGCUCCUCCUCACUCAGUGAUCUCCAUGUCCCUCCUUACUCACAGUGAUCUCCUUGCCCCUCCUCAAUCAGUGAUCUCCAUGCUCCUCACUCACAGUGAUCUCAAUGCUCCUCCUCACUCAGUGAUCUCCAUGCCCCUCCUCACUCACAAUGAUCUCCUUGCCCCUCCUCACUCAGUGAUCUCCAUGCCCUUCCUCACUCACAGUGAUCUCCAUGCUCCUCCUCACUCAGUGAUCUCCUUGCCCCUCCUCACACUCUGUGAUCUUCUUGCCACUCCUCACACUCUGUGAUCUCCUUGCCACUCCUCACACUCUGUAAUCUCCAUGCCCUUCCUCACACUCUGUAAUCUCCAUGCCCCUCCUCACUCACAGUGAUCUCCAUGCUCCUCCUCACUCAGUGAUCUCAAUGCUCCUCCUCACUCAGUGAUCUCCAUGCCCCUCCUCACUCACAAUGAUCUCCUUGCCCCUCCUCACUCAAUGAUCUCCAUGCCCUUCCUCACUCACAGUGAUCUCCAUGCCCCUCCUCACUCUCUGUGAUCUCCUUGCCACUCCUCACUCACAGUGAUCUCCUUGCCCCUUCUCACUCUCUGUGAUCUCCAUGCCCCUCUCACUCUUUGUGAUCUCCUUCCCCCUCCUCACUCUCUGUGAUCUCCUUGCCCCGCCUCACUCUCUGUGAUCUCCAUGCCCCGCCUCACUCUCUGUGAUCUCCAUGCCCCUCCACCAAGCAAUCAUUCUCUCUACCUUGGCUCUAGUAUUAUGAAGUCAAAUGUGAAAGAAACAGUAAUAGGGUAUACCUGAGAGCUGACUAUGUGACCUUGUUAGAUUUUGAUGGGUGGCUUUCACAAAUCCCCCCAACCACACCAUAUAACAAGGAUUAGCAGGAAACUAUCAUAUCCAAUGGACACUUUCCUGUAAUAACCAACAAUGCCACCCUUAUAAUGCCAGGAUACCUUGUACUAUUACCAUUUGGCAAUAAGAAGUGUUUAUUCUAGUGGUUCAACAAAUUCCUGUACAAAUUAAAUAUGGAUCCAUGUUGCCUAAGUUAUAUCUCAUAUGAGUAACAAUUACAUGCGAAUAAAUACAUAAAUAAAUAAAAGGAAUCUCAUAGAGCCGGAAAUUUCUUAAGAUCUUAUCCUGCUAGGAGAAAUACAUUUAAUGGACUUUGUUUAUACAGUACAUAUCCAGUAUAUUAUUAUGGGCCAAAUGCUGCCCAAAACACAAAUGCUGCCAUGGAAACUCACAAUGACCAGUCAUUGUGAUAGACAAGUAGUCUUCAGAAAGCUCCUGCCUUCACAAGUGUGUGGCAUUGUUGGUAUCCUUAUCCAGUGAGGAUAAGGUCAGUCUUAGCUGCUUGUAUGCUUGGUAACCUUUCUCUUGCUUUUCCAUGUAGCGGAAAUAACCACAUGGAACGACUGUCUGCCUGUCCAGAAUGUCCCUAGUAUUAGUUUCCACCGAGUGUCUGAAGACAGAAGUCAGUAUGUUUGUUGUAUGUGUCUGGAUUGAAACAGCUUCCACUUCUUCUUAACAAAAAUACUACCCUGCACUUUGAAAUAAUUUUUCAACAUUUUGCCAAUGAUAUAAAAAAAAGAAAAGUUGAUGAUGUAGUAUCCCUUCUCUACAGGUCUGCAUAACGUCCCAUCUCUACAGGGCAACCUUGGAAUUGAAGUGGUAGAAAAAAUAUUUUUAUACAGAUUAUUAGAGGCUAAUAAAAUCACACCAUUUUCUUUGAUAGAAUUAUAAGAAUAUAGCAGUUUAUCUUCUCCUAAGAAUUCUUUCAUUGGUUCAAAUGAUUUGUCAUUAAACGUUUAAUUGUAGGUAUAUUGGGGUGAAUGAAAUUCCCUGGGGGCUGUAUGCAGUAUUUUAAGUUUAGAUUUUUGUUAAAACAAAAUUCUAAGAAUUCAAAAAAUCUGUUAAACGGUACUCAACGGGGGGAGGGGGGAGGGGGGUGAACUUUUAAGCAACAUGAUACCUAGAGUUGACAAAAAUUUGAACACCUGUUAUUUACUAAGAACAGAGGUCAAACAAGUCAUACCUUUUAACCAAAAUAGGUUCCUUACCCAAAUUAAUUACUGUUUCUAACAUAUUUUGAAUUCUUAGCUUGGAAAAUAUAGUUUAGAUUUCCGUCAGAACUUUUUCAAAAUUAUUUAGCAGGGGGCACUUCAUCUUUACAACUGAAUAUUGUACUGUACAACAGUAUUUAAAUAUUAUGUAAUAUAUGUGAGUGAAAAGUAUUUUGCGAUUCAUAGUUUUUACAUAGGCUGUAAAUAGUUUAAAAGUAAAUUUGAAAGGUUUCUAAUUUUAAACAAAGAAAAAGACACCUUGUAUAACUUGCAUAUCCACUUAAUAUAAACGAUUUUAGAAGAACAGCUUUGAAUCAUGAAUAUAAAUCUUUUUUGGUAUGAUUUUCUAGUCUUCUAUCUUAUCAAGAUAUAAGUUUUUUUUUUGUUUUGUUUUGUUUUUUCUCUCAUGAAUCAGUGGUCAGUGUUUCUUUUAUAAUCUAAAACCCACUGCCUGUAAUACACUUGACUAGCCUGCUAAAGUAACAUUAAACAACA